UUUAAAUUCCUUACUAUCUCUCUGAUUAAUCAUGGCCGUUGAUUCAUCGACGUCGUCAUCCCUCGGCCCGCCGGCCACCGAGAAAGAUGCAAAGGCUCUUCAGUUUAUAGAAGAGAUGACUAAGAACUGUGAUUCGGUUCAGGAGAAUGUUUUGAGUCAAAUUCUGACCCAAAAUGCUGACGCUGAAUACCUCAAAAAAUGGAACCUUGGUGGCGGCGGCGCUGUCAAUCGGAAAACUUUCAAGUCAAAAGUUCCGGUCGUCUCUUAUGAGGAUCUCCAUCCCUACAUCCAACGUAUCGUCAAUGGCGAUCGUUCUCCCAUCCUCUCCACUCGCCCCAUUUCCGAAUUCCUUACUAGUUCUGGGACAUCAGCUGGAGAAAGAAAGCUCAUGCCCACCAUUGCUGACGAGAUGGAUCGCAGACAGAAGCUUUAUAGUCUUCUCAUGCCUGUCAUGAACUUGUACGUGCCGGGGUUGGACAAAGGGAAGGGACUGUACUUCCUAUUCAUCAAAGCCGAGACCAAAACCCCAAGCGGUUUAGUAGCUCGACCGGUUCUUACCAGUUACUAUAAAAGCCAACAAUUCAAAACCCGGCCCUACGAUCCCUACAACGUUUACACCAGUCCCAAUGAAACCAUCCUCUGUGUCGAUUCCUUUCAAAGCAUGUACUCUCAAAUGCUCUGUGGUCUUAUAUAUCAUCAACAAGUCCUCCGUUGUGGGGCGGUUUUUGCUUCCGGUCUAGUUCGGGCCAUUAAGUUCCUCACGUUAAACUGGAAACAACUCGCCCUAGAUAUUCAAACCGGAUGUUUGAACCCCAAAAUCACCGAUCCGGAUAUUCGUGCAUGCAUGUCCAACAUUCUGAAGCCUGACCCGGACCUCGCCCGGUUUAUUACGGUUCAGUGUUGUGAAGGGAACUGGGAAGGGAUUAUAACCCGGGUUUGGCCCAACACCAAGUACCUUGACGUCAUCGUGACGGGUGCCAUGGCUCAGUACAUUCCUAUUCUGGAUUUUUACAGCGGUAAUUUACCUCAAACUUGUACGAUGUAUGCCUCCUCUGAGUGUUACUUUGGAUUAAAUUUAACCCCCAUGGUGAAACCGUCGGAGGUUUCAUAUACCAUCAUGCCAAACAUGGGUUAUUUUGAGUUCAUCCCACAUAACUCGGUUGACUCGGUGUCUGACUCGGUUGACUCGGUGUCCCACUCGGUUGAUUCGCCACCUCAACUCAUUGAGCUAGCUGACGUCGAACUCGGAAAGGAGUAUGAACUCGUCAUUUCGACCUACUCGGGUCUUUGUCGAUACCGGGUCGGAGACAUUCUCCGGGUCACGGGUUUCCACAAUUCGGCCCCGCAAUUCAAGUUCAUCAGAAGGAAGAAUGUUUUACUAAGUAUUGAAUCCGAUAAAACCGAUGAAACUGAGUUGCAAAACGCCAUUGAAAAGGCUUCCGAGCUUUUAAAGGAAUUUAACACUGCGGUUGUGGAGUACACGAGCUACGGAGACACGAAAACAAUACCGGGCCAUUACGUUAUUUACUGGGAGUUGUUGGUGAAAGAUCCGAGUCACGGACCCGGUUCAGAGGUGUUGGAUCAGUGUUGUUUGGCGAUGGAGGAGUCUUUGAAUUCGGUUUAUCGACAGAGCCGGGUUGCAGAUAAUUCCAUUGGUCCGUUGGAGAUCCGGGUCGUGAAAAACGGAACCUUUGAGGAGUUAAUGGAUUACGCCAUCUCGCGAGGUGCAUCCAUUAACCAGUAUAAAGUUCCAAGGUGUGUCAGUUUCACACCGAUCAUGGAACUUCUAGAUUCUAGGGUCGUAUCGACCCACUUUAGCCCAAGUGCACCACAUUGGGUUCCAGACCAACGUUUCAAAGACAUCAACUUUGUUAGCAACAAAUCAAAAUGAAAUUAGAACAAAGAUUUGGUCGAUCACGUAAAACAUGCUUCUGUGACGUAGGUUCUGAGAAUGAAGGGUAUAAUGUGUAAUUUCAGAAAGUAAAGGGUGUAUUGUGCAGGUUUAGAAAGUCAUGUACCAAUAAUGUAAUUGUUGAAAUGAUGAU